AUGCUGGAAAGACCCCCGUUUCUGCACCUGGCAUCGGCCAGCGCCGGGCCCUUCGAUGCCUUGGAGCGGGCAUGGGCUACGCAGCAGCGCUGCCGGAGCACGCCGCAGCUCCCGUGGCCGGAGCUGCGCUCGGACCUGGCCACGCUGGCGCAGUCUCUGGUCCACUUCGGCCGCGUGGACUUCAGGCUGCACCGCCGACUCCACGACGCGGCGGAGCGCGCCGCCAGGGUGGGAGCUACGCCGGCGGAGGAGAACGCAAGAUAUGCGUCCAUCCGGGAGUGCAACCUCGGCUUGACCAGCCUCAUGACGGUGGAUGUCCUUCUGCUUACCGACCAUCUGCCGGAUGAGUGGAUGGCGUACUCAACAGAGCGCGCGUGUGCUGCAUUCCGCUUUCCGUGGCGAGAGAUGGUGCUGGGGUCGGGCUGGCAGCUCUUUGCCCUCAUGUCGGGCGUGCAUCGCGGUUGGAGAUCGAGGUUGGGAUCCAUCGUCCCAUCACCGGCAGAUGUAGUCGACCUCAUGGCUCCCGACGAUGUCGGUGAUGCAGCAACCAGACGUGCUGACGAGGCCAUCAAAUGGGCCGUGACCAGCCUGGCGUCGGCGAUUGCAGACGAGGGCAGUGGCCGGGGUGACAUCCAACACCUCCUGGAGACGGCCCGCAAGGUUCAGAAGAGGUUGCUUCAUGAGUUUGUGGGCGAUGCUGAGCCUCUCUGCUCUCGCAGCGUCAGUGGGCCCUGGCCGCUUUGGCGUGCGCUUCACGAAGCAGAAGAGGCUGUGUCGCAGCGACUGCAGCACCUCUUCGGCAGCAGGGCCCUGUCCUCCGCGUCUGCAAGCACCGUGCUCGCAGCCAUGCACGCCCCACCCACGGCACGACUCGUCAUCAGCCGGCUCAGGGAGGAGUUCUGUGAGCCCCAGGGUCGACUCGAGCGUUUCCUGCGGUCGCUGCGAGGCGCUGGAUAUGCGCCGAAGUCGCUUACCGUGGACGUGGGCGCUUAUUGCCCAGAACGUGCGGCCGAGGCGGAGGUCGCAGAGUGCUUCACGGCCGCCUUCUUGCAAACCUUUGGCUGCGAGUUGGACGGCGUUCUGGCGCUGGAGGCGAGCUUCUUCAACGCGGCGGAGACGCUGUCGGCGCUGGAGAAUGUGUUGCCAUUAAGCUGCGUGGCCGCGGUGGAGCUUCGACAGCAUGCCAUCGGGGCACAGCGGGGCACGGCCCGCUUCUCUGGAGCUGGCGGCGCGCUGUCGAUCGAGGUGCCGGGUGCGACGAGGCCUCCGCCAUCACACGAGGAGUACAUGCUGAGGGACCCGGAUACGGGUCAGCUUCAGGUCGUGGCCUCCUGCCUCGCCAUGAUCUUGGGACAUGCCGGCUGCCUGCUCUUCGCGAACGUGUCGUCUGGCAGCCUCCGCACGGGCGUGGCCAUGCAAGCCGAGACGGAGGAGGGGCUCAUCAUCAAGCCAGAGGAAGCCGGUAAGAUCACCAGCCGGGACAAGAACAACAACCCACCGCGCAUCGUUGUCAAGACGAACGACUGGGACAUUCCGGAGUACCAGCUUAGCACCGGCGCCAGCAACCAGGUCUCCUACAUCACGCCGGUUGUGGAGUCGGAGGACAUCAAGGCUUGGCUCUCCCUCAACGUGAACUUCUUCUCCAUCAUUAUCCUCUUCACAGUUGGUGGCCUGAUCGAGAUCCAGCGCUUCUUCCCGGACACGCUCUACUGGUGA